AUGCCUGAGCUGCUCGACCAGUUGAAGGAACUGCCUCCAGAGCUGCUUGAAGCACUCCAGAUGCGAAUGGGGGAGGCAGCGCUGCAGCCACCGCCAGAACGAGCAGCGCCAAGUGUCAAAGACGUCAGAAAGGCUGCAGAGGAACAAGCCCCAGCGAUUUACUCUGAGGUUCUAGCCAGCUAUUGUCAUCCUGAUGCCAUUUGUCACUAUGACAAUUUACCAGAGGAAGAGCGAGGGAAGCUAUUGAAAGCUCUGAGAAUCACAGUUGAAGAGAAUUUCCAACAUAUUACUCAUCAACUCAUGAUACAAGGGCUUUCAAACAAGGUCAGUGCUAGGGCUUCAGAGCAAGUCAGAGACUCUCCACUCGUGAGAGCUUUGAGGUUGGUGAAUAAGUCGGAGGUUCUCCAGCUGGAAGCCAUAGAAGCCGUGACGGCCUCUUUGGGCAAUUGGGGUCGGAAGAUGCCGAGAGACAUCCAUGUCAUGCAACACAUGAUGAGCUACAAGGACCAUCUAUCAAAUUUUGAGCGCGGGAACGAUGGUAGCUUUAAGAUGCUGCGAACACUGCAGACGAAUUCCACACUGAUCAAGCCUGAAGCUGCAACUGGUGAACCCAGGAACUGGCAUCAGCUGCAGCCUGUUGCGAUCAAUGCCUUGCGUCUCUUUGGAGUGGCCAGUGGAAAAGUGUUGGUGGGAAAGCUGCUGGUACCGCCUAUGGUCACAGUCGGCAUCACCACCUUGUUGCAGGACGAGUGGGGGGGAGGCGGUGUCAGCGGCCAUCAAGCGCAAGAGCUGGCUGAGAAACGGUUCCCCACAGGUGCCACCCUCCGAAUCGCCGAGCCUUUCCUGAAGAUCUUUCGAGAUGGUAAGCAGGGAAUUCGAGUGGACAGUCCUCAUGACAUUCGCAUUGCCGCCUCCGGAAGUGUCCAGGACCUCUCCCAAUGCCGGGAGAGUGGCAAUGAACUCUAUAAGAUGGGGCAGUUUGAGGCAGCAUUAGCAGAGUAUUGGCAAGGUCUCCAUACUUGUGAGGAGGUUGCCGUUUUGCUGUCCAACCGCGCCCAGGCACAUCUAAAGCAAAAGUGCUGGGCGGAGGCUCUUGGAGAUAGUGUACUUGCCCUUGAGGGCCUUGGCUUUCCUGACUUGGCCCAACGAGCUCGGAGCGCCUUCUCCAACGUCACAGGGCCGGCUGAGCAGUUGGUGCAAAAGACUCGGGCGGUGGUGCAGAUUACAUUGAAGGUGCACAGAACCAGCGUCAGGUCUGAAGAGAGCACCACCAAUCAUGCAAGUCUCAAGGAAAAGGGCAACAUGGCUUUUCGACAGGGGCACUACUCUGAGGCAGCUGCAUUCUACACGAAAUCAUUGGAAGGUCAUCCAGCUGCUGAAGAAGUGGCAAAUCUCCUUCGCAAUGUGGCAUUGUCUUCCAUCCGUGCUGGACUUCUUCAUGAUGCUUUGGCAGCAGCCGCUGCGAGCCUGAGGUUGCAAUUCCAUUCGAAAGCCGUUUAUCACCUUGCUCAUGCACUGGCACUCCUGGGUGAACUCGAUUUGUCGGAGGAAGUGCUUGAAAACACAGAGACUUUGACGACGUUGACUCAGCUCGCGAAAGAAGUGGCUACUACCAAGGAAUACAUCCGCGGCAAGUACUCGAAAGAUUUGGCGGCAGCUGCUGGUGCAAAGCACUUUUGGCCAGGGAAGUUCAUUGUAGACUGGGCAUCUGAUGCCAUUGCCGUCGAACGAGUCGAAGGCAAAGGCAGAGGACUUCGGUCGCUUCGCCACAUCGACUUUGGGGACACCUUGAUCCUCCAGCGGCCCCGGGGAUCUGUGUCGACUGAUGCCACAAGUGAGCUGCUGACUUCCACAAACACCGAUUCAGGUAGGUAG